UGAAAUUGAAUGCCAAGGAUAAAAAGUGGUAGUGGUAUAUAAGUCAACGGUGCUGGGGAUGAUCGUUACAGUUACAACUAACUCCCUCAGCAAGAAAAUGGCUUUGAAAUUCGUGGUUCUUGCCGCUUUUGUUGCCGCAGCCAACGCCCAGUUCUUUGCACCUGGAGUCGUACGGCCUUAUGCUUACGCUCGUCCUGUGGCUGUCGCACACGCUCCGGUCGCAGUCGCCCACGCUCCAGUCGCAGUCGCCAGGGCCGAGGAGUAUGACCCGCAUCCCCAGUACAGCUUCUCUUACAGCGUGAACGACGCCUUGACCGGAGACUCCAAAGGUCAGACUGAAACUCGCGACGGAGACGUCGUACACGGAAGCUACUCACUCGUCGAAGCCGACGGUUCCAGGAGAGUCGUAGACUACACCGCCGACCCCGUUAACGGAUUCAACGCCGUCGUACACAAAGAAGCAGCUGUCGCUCACGCCCCAGUCGCAGUCGCUCACGCACCAGUCGCAGUUGCCCACGCUCCAGUCGCCGUUGCCCACGCCCCAGUCGCCCUCGCCCAAAGGCAGUUCUUUUACCAUUAAAAAAUCAAUAAAUAAAUCAUAUAAAUUAUA